CCUCUCUCUCUCUCUCUCUCUCUCUACAUUUUUAGGAUAUUUGGAUUCACAGUUCACAGGUAAAGAAGAAAGCAUGGGGAAGGCAGGGAAAUGGAUAAGGAAUUUCUUGAUGGGUAAAAGGGAGGACACAAGCAAGAAAACAGGCCACUCGGUUUCGUCGACCGAUGCUCGUAAAGUUAGACGGGGAUGGAGUUUAAAAAGAUCGAGCAGCACGGCGCGCAGAAGCAGCGCGUCAUUCGACUGGUUACCAACACUAAAUCAGGGAGACAAUACUAAGAUUCAAGGGAUGGAAUCCGCGUUAAAUGCACACGAUGCAGCUACAAAAAUACAAGCUAUUUAUCGAUCCUAUUUGGCGAAGAGGGCGUUGCGCGCCUUGAAAGGAUUGGUCAAGCUGCAGGCAUUAGCCAGGGGGUACCUAGUGAGAAAACAAAUGAAUACAGUCGUUAGGUCGGUGCAUGCCGUGAUGAAAAUCCAAGUCAGAGCUCGGAUUCAUCGGAUACAAAUGGCGGAAGAGCCGCAGGUGAUUGAGAGACAAAGAAAAUCUUACAGAGAAUCAUCAGCUAAUGAGAAUACAGCUGAUUCGAAGAGUUUCCGAGUAAUUGGAGGUUUGAGGAGCAGAAGUACAAGGGCAGAAUGCAUCCCAUCCCAAGGAGACGAAUGUAGUUGGAAAAUCGAUAGUCCUGCAUCGCAAAAAGACAGCAAACUUCAUUCAUUAGCCAGUCCAUCAACAGUUUCAUUCACGGAUUCGACCUCGACGACCUACGACGGGACACAGGAGGAAUUUUCACUAAAAAAGGCUAGACAAAACUCCGGUAGGUAUUUUUAUUGCCCAGAGAACAAGCACUCCAUCAUUCGACUGCCGACACAUUGUCCGGAUUAUAACAUACCCCGUAGCUCUAAUUUUACGCCAAAUUAUAUGAACAAUACGGAAUCAUCAAAAGCAAAAGCGAGAUCACACAGUGAGCCACGGCAGCGCCCUGAAUCAAAUACCAAGCAGAGAAGCAGGCGAUCUUCAUCAAUCGAUGGGAAAAAUGACCAAGAAAAUCAGUACCCGUGGCUACUUAAACUAUGGCGUACAGGAAAAUUCACCACUGAUAGAGAGAGGGAAUCGUAUAUCACUACUGUGGCAAGCAUAUACAAGAGGAAUUCAUUCGUACCGUUUGAGGUAAGCGCUGAGAUUCUCGAUCACCCGUUGAACUUCCAUUCAUUCACUUGAGUUUCAAACUUGGUUGUGAAUCAUUUCUUCAUUUGCAGCCUCCCAUGAAUUUGAACUGAUUCUGAAACCACCUGAAAAAGAGCAGCCGAGAGGACAAGCACAACAGGGAACCAAAUCGAGACAUGAAAGAAAUCUUGGAUUUUCAGAGACCUGAAGAUGAAGGCAGAGGAGAAUAAACUCCAAUCUACUAACCAGUCAAACAUAAAAUAUGCAUUUUCCUAUGUUGCGGCUCUUCUUUCCUUUUCCUUGCUGGCUGACAAAAGAAACAUUAGACAAGAAUAUAAGAACCAUGUGAAAUAA